AUGUCUCGUUUAGCCUUGACGCGCCAGCAUCUGCGGUCCCAUCCCGUCCUCCCACUCCAGCUCGCCGUCCCCCGUUCGUCCCGCGCGGGGAGCCGCUGCUUCCCGCUCGCCGCUCGCGUUCCCUCCCUUUCGCGUUCGCCCUCCGCCGGACGACAUCCGGAGUCGUUCGGACGACUCCGCCCUCGCCCUCUGCCAUUCGACGUCCGAAGUAGUCUCCCCUCACCGACCCACACUGCCUCGUUCGUUUCUAAUUUAUACCCAUUCGUGGCUGCGAAAAUGCCUCCAUACUGGCUCGGUUCAUCGGACGGGCCCCACGCCUCCUCUCGCGGGCCCGCCGCGACCACCGCCACGCCAUAUCCCCUUCCCGCCACGCCAUAUCCCCUUCCCGCCACGCCAUAUCUCCUUCCCGCCACGCCAUAUCCCCUUCCCGCCUCGCCAUAUCCCCUUCCCGCCACGCCAUAUCCCCUUCCCGCCACGCCAUAUCCCCUUCCCGCCACGCCAUAUCCCCUUCCCGCCACGCCAUAUCCCCUUCUCACUUCCACUCCCCAUACUCCCUCCUCCCAUCACCUCCACUCCCCAUACUCCCUCCUCCCAUCUCACCUCCACUCCCCAUACUCCCUCCUCCCAUCUCACCUCCACUCCCCAUACUCCCUCCUCCCAUCUCACCUCCCCUCCCCAUACUCCCUCCUCCCAUCUCACCUCCACUCCCCAUACUCCCUCCUCCCAUCUCACCUCCACUCCCCAUACUCCCUCCUCCCAUCUCACCUCCCCUCCCCAUACUCCCUCCUCCCAUCUCACCUCCACUCCCCAUACUCCCUCCUCCCAUCUCACCUCCCCUCCCCAUACUCCCUCCUCCCAUCUCACCUCCACUCCCCAUACUCCCUCCUCCCAUCUCACCUCCCCUCCCCAUACUCCCUCCUCCCAUCUCACCUCCCCUCCCCGUACCCCCUCCUCCCAUCCCACCUCCACUCCCUGUACCCCCUCCUCCCAUGCCACCUCUCCUGCCCCUAUCAGGCACUCCUUGGUCACCUUCCCUCCCCCUACCAGGGGCACUCUUCUCACCUUCCCUCCCUCUACCAGGGGCACUUUGCUCAUACCCUGCCCCUCCAGGUUCCCCACACUCAUGUCUUCUUGUUUCCAUGGCGAUACUCUUUCAAACCGUGUCCCCCUCUGCACAUCCUACCACCUGCGCCAGUCGCCACACAUCAAAGCCACCUCUCCCACACUACCGGUAGUUUCAGCGUCACCAACAGCCCACACAUUACAUCCCUUGAUCAGUUUCUGUGCUUCUGUUGCAGGUGGGGAGCAACCUAA